AUGGUUACGGGGAGUGUCUCCAAUAUUUCCUGUGCUAGUCGGAUCCUCCAAGAGGCAGAUACCAAGACAGGAUUAGACACGCAAGGAUUUUAUAUGGAUGUGGAGUUGGACCUCCAGCGGAGCGUGCAGGCCGUGCUCCGGGAGCUCAGCGCUCAGACCCCAGCCCUGCAGAGAAACCAAGGUAUGUGGAGAUGGUCCCUGCACAAGAAGGUCGAGCGAGAUCCUGGUAAGAGUCCGGCGCUGGUCCGAAUUCUGCUCAGAGAACUGGAGAAGGCAGAAAGGGAGGACGAACGGCAUGUCAUCAUUCCCUUGCUGCACACUCUAAUGUACGUGCUCACGAAGGCCACAGGCAUCACAGAGGAGCUCUACCGGAGGACUUACGCCUUUUGCAUGAGAUUACUGACCCUGCCUGCCCCCUACUGCACGGUCGCUCUGGAUUGCGCCAUAAGGCUGAAAACAGAGCAAGCUGUCCCAGGAACGCUGUGCCAAAGGCUGGUCAUUGCCGAGCAGAACUUAAGGAGUGAACUGUAUCCCUACCAGGAGAGAGUGUUCCUCUUUGUGGAUCCUGAGCUGGUAUCUCCCUCGGUGUGCAGUGCCCUGCUGCUGGAGAUCGAGGCAGCCCAGGUGCAGCAGACACCUGAGGCCUGCAUGCGCUACGUGGUGUCCCAUGCCCUGCAGGUGGCUCUGGGGGAGGCCUGCCACACAAGUGCUCUGCAAAGGAAGCUGCAGGCCAGCCCCCGCCGCGCCCUGGAGCACUAUUUCCAUGCAGUGGUAGCAGCCACGGAGCAGAUGGCUAGCGAGACCAGCCCGAGCCGGGAAGGACACCUGGAAAGGCUGGAAGAGAUUUACUGCUCGCUGCUGGGGCCGGCGGCGGCCGCCAGGGGACGCUGCAGCGGUGACCCCCUUCCAGACCGGCCACCAAACAUCCCUCUGCCCAGCCCACACAUCACCUUCCACCUGUGGACAGAUGAGGAGCAGCUCUGGAAGGAACUGGCUCUCUUCCUAUGCCCGCAAUCCCAAGUGCGCCUCAGCGCUGACUUGGAGGCCUUGGAUCUGCAGGGCCUUCAGCCAGACAGGAUGCUGGCCCGGGCGUCCGUGCUGUCCACCGACAGUGGCAUCGAGCGGGACAUUCCUUUGGGAGCCGACGAGCUGCCCAUGCCCAGCAGCCCUGAGAUGGAGCAUGCUGGCCUGCAGCGAAAAGGGGGCAUCAAGAAGCGGGUGUGGCCCCCUAACAUCUUGAUGCCCUGCAGCUGGGAUGGGCCCCUGGGGCUGCACCAGAGAACUGGCAGGCCCAGUGGGAAUUGGGGACUGCUGCCCGGUGUCUCCCGCCUGCACACGGCCCGGGUGCUGGUACUGGGGGACGACAGGAUGCUGGGGCGCCUGGCCCAGGCCUACCACAGCCUCAGGAAACGAGAGACCCAGAUGUUCUGCCUCACUCCCAGACUCAGCCUGCAGCUCUAUUACAUCCCUGUGCUGACACCUGAGAAGCCCGCAUCAUCCAGGCAUUUGGAGCUCGGGGAGCUGGCAGCGUUCCUGGGCCGUGCGGACCCGUGGUAUGAGAGUACCAUCAACACCCUGAGCCCAGCCAUCCACAAGCUCGCAGAGAUGCCUCCCUCCUUGGGCACAUCCCGAACUGUAGACCCCUUCAUCCUGGAUGUCAUCACCUACUAUGUUCGCAUGGGCACUCAACCUAUCUAUUUGCAAAUCUAUACAGUAAAGAUCUUCUUCGGUGACCUGAGCCAAGACUCUUCAGAGGAUAUUUUUCUCACUGAGCUAAAGGUGAAGAUCCAAGACUCCAAAUUCCCCAAAGAUGGUUUCUCACCCAGGAGGAGAGGCAUGGCAGAGGGCCCAGGGGCUGAGCUCUCCAUUUGCUACCAGAAGGCCCUGCUUAGCCACCGGACCCAAGAAGUCGCCGUUUCGCUGCGUGCCACUGGCCUGGUCCUGAAGGCCCUUCCAGCCAGUGACACUGAAGUUCCAAAGCCCACUCACUGCCCCAUCGUUGCUCCCCUUACAGACCACAUGUGCCUGAAUGUCAGUGUGAUAGAGGUGGUCAAGUCAUCCAACCUGGCUGGAAGGUCCUUCUCUACGGUGACAAACACCUUCCGGACAGCCAACAUCCAGAUCCAGAGCCAGGACCAGAGGCUGCUGACACUGCUGCUGGACAAAGACAAUCGGCGUACUUUCAGGGAUGUGAUCAGGUUUGAGGUUGUUCGCUGCCCAGAGCCAUGCUCUGGGAUCCAGAAGUCUAAGGCACUUUGGCUCAGUUCACACCAGAAGAAGGAAAUGGAAAGGACCAAAGCCAUGCCCAAACCCCUUCUAAUGCCCAUCAACACAUUCUCCGGCAUCGUCCAGUGA